GGCCCCGCCGCGGCCAUGGCGGAGCCUCUGCGCAGCGCGGAUGCCGGCGCCGCCAUCUACCGCUCCCGCGACCCCGUACGCAACCUGCGCCUCCGGGUCCGUAUCCAGCGGGUGACGGCGGCCGGGCCGCUCCUGCCGCAGGCCCCGCCGCUGCUGUCCGGCCCCGAGCUCCUGCGGCCGGCCGAGCGCGCCGGUACUGGUGCCCGGCGGCCCCCGGAGGAGGAGGAGGAGGAGGCCGAGGUGGGGUGGCAGGAGAAGCUCUUCAGCCAGUUUGAGGUGGAUCUGUACCGAAACGAGUCAGCCUGCCAGACUCCCCUGGACCGGCAGUACCACCAGGAGAUCCUGAAACUGGAGAAGGCUGGCGGUCGCAAGAACUACCGGAUCUUCACCUACACGGAUCAUGAUCGAUUCACUAACCUAGAGGAGCACUGCCAGAAAGUAACUGACUCGGAUCGUGAGGUCCCAUCAUAUCUGGCAGAGCGGAUGGCCAAUGUGAGGAAGAGAAGACAAGACCGCAGGCCAGUAGAAGCAAGUUCUCUGAAGCCGAAAAUCAUCAUCUGGGAACCCUCAGAAGAAUUUAUAAAGAACAAUCAUGUGAUUAACACUCCUGUCCAGACUAUGUACAUCAUGGGGGACUUGGGACCUUACGGGAAGCUUGGUCGCAAGGAGUAUGAACAUGUUCUUUGCACGAUCAAGGUAGAUGGCAACGGGGUGAUCACAGUGAAGCCUGACUUUAGUGGCACCAAAGGGGCCUACCGGAUUGAGCUGGAUGGAGAGAAGAGAGAGGUGUGGAAAUACACCAUUGAGAAUGCGUCUGUCCAGGUGCAACCAGAGGAAGAAGAACGUGAGCAGCGUGUGUUCAGAGAUCUGUACAGUCGGCACAAGGAAUACCUCAGUGGUCUCGUAGGCUCAGAAUUUGAAACGACUCUUCCUGGUACACUGCGGCUUUUUGUGAAUGGAGAAAUAGUUUCAGCUCAAGGCUAUGAGUAUGACAACCUCUAUGUUCAUUUCUUCGUGGAGCUGCCUAACCGGUGGUCGAGCCCCAUGGUCCAGCAGCUAUCAGGAGUCACUCAGACCUGUACCACCAAGACAGUGGGCUGGGAUAAUGUGGCAUACUUCUGCUACCCCUUCACUUUGGAGAUGUUUUUCACCCAAGAAGACGAAUUGGAAGACAGUCUCCCUCAGUGGCCUGUUCUCUACUUUGAGGUCCUGUCCCUGGAUUUCUGGCAGAGGUACCGUGUUGAAGGAUAUGGUUCUUUGGUGCUACCACCAUCCCCAGGUCUCCACAUGCUCACCAUCCCUACCUGGCGCCCUGUGGAGCUGGGGAUAGUUGCUGAGAUGAGGAGAUUUUUCAUUGGUGGAUCUCCUGAGCUGGAGGACAUCACCUACGUCAGGAUACCAUCAACCUUCAAGGGAGAGCAUCUGAGCCGCUUUGGUUUUCGCACAGAGACAACUGGGAGCGUCACAUUCCGGCUUUACUGCCUGCAGCAGUCUAAAGCGUUUCUGGAAAACAGUGCCCUGAGGCAGCGCAUGCAGAGUGUACUGGACCGGCUUGGAGGCUUCAGCCAGCAGAGCUCUGUCUACAAUGUUUUGGAGGCUUUCCAGAGGGCACGGCGCCGGAUGCAGGAAGCCCGCGAGAGCCUUCCUCAAGACCUCAUCAGCACCUCUGCCUCCACUGUGCGCCAGCUGCAGGAACCAUGAUCAACCACUGCCUGUGGUUAGCAUCUUCUCUCCAACACAAGCUCCCGUUGUUCAGCAGGAGUCACAGUGCUGGUGCCUGGAAGCUUUUGAAGCCUGCCCUUUGCUGUUUUCCCUGGAUGGGGGAAGGAGUCUGUAACCAUCCAAACCCAGAAUCUUUGCAUUUCCACAGGUAUCUGUGGAAGGAACUCUCUUUUUUCAAGGCGUUUUUUUACUAGGCCCUAAGAAUGCAGCCAGUGGUUCACAUUUCUUUUGAGUAGACUAAAGUACUGACAUGGGACCUGUGAACCCUUUUAACACCUUUUCAGGAAUUGAAUAGUACACAAUUAGAAAAAUUUCAAGUCUACAUGACUUAGAUUUAGUUUUCUUCUUAAAGAAGACAGUAAUGUUGAAGGUCAAGGCAUGAAUGCUGUCUGAGAUUUAAUGAAAUGAGCAGUUAACUUCUCAAGAACUACUGAUAAAGUGUUGUCCGCGUUUGUAGCUAUAGGUCAGUCAAUAGCAAAAUGAAUCUGUCCACCUGUGCCUUAAGAUUGAUUAGUUUCUAGAGAGGGAGCUCUCAGCCAGGUGUAAUAGAUGAAAUCAAAGCAAAGGAGUGACAUCUGACAGGUUGAGAACUGAAGAAAAGGGUUACAUUCUGUAUUUCCUUGUAUGUGCCCAUAACAUUUCUGGCUCUGCAGUGAUGAGCAGGAGCAUUCUUUGUUCAAGAAUACAACUGAAAACACGCAUUCCUCUUAGUUCAUAACAGAACUUUGGCUGAGGCCAGACAGUUUGCAGGCAGUGAGAGCAGAUUAUAUCAUUUGCACAGCAGCUGAACUUUGAACUGUUCAAGCUGUUCAUUUGAGUUAUGGUUCAUUGUUCCGCCUCUGAUUGCAGUAUGCUGCUGCAUGGCUUCCUGGGGAAGCGUGUAUGUACCCAGUUUUUACCCAGUUUCUUCUCCUGAUGUUCUCUCAGACUUUUUUUUUUUGGGGGGGGGGGCUGUUUUUCUUCCUGUCUCAGGUUCACAGGAGUGAGGCUACCCGCAGACUGGCAGUGCUGUGUUGAUUUGUGCAUGAGUCACACUUGUAUGUGGUGUUCUCCCCUGUUCCCAACACAGGGGAUAGGAAGAAAAAUCUCAGGCUGAGAUCAUGCAGGUGUGAAUGUGUCCGUGAAGUUUGAAUUCACAGGCAGAACAUGAACUAGGAAUUAGUCUUCUUUCUUUAGUUCUGCAUGUUCCUCCUCUGCAGGGAACGUGAGACUCAUGGUUGCAGCCAUGUGUGUGAUUGUUAGAACACCCCCCUCUUCCCUGGUGCUCCAUUGUCUUCUCCACUCCCUUCUUGCCAUUUUGAUCUUGUCCCCGUCUUCACUGAGAAACCCAAACUCCCGUGUUUGUUCCUCCUUGACCUUUUGUCGUAAUUCCUACAUCUGUCUGGCAGCUUGAGUGUGUUUGGCAAUUUCAAUUAUAAAAGGAUUUUUGCUCACCUUCCUCGCCUGCUACCUAGCCUUUUUGAUGGAAGAGGCUGCCAGCAUGUCUUAGCUAGUGUGGCCUGUUAAGCAGAGCACAGUGUCUCAGAGUCUGGGGUCUGGAGCUGGCUGAUAUGUCCUGUGCACGAGUGAGGUCUCCACUGUGGCGUUUGACGUGAUGGCUGUGAAGGCACGCGCCCAGUUCUGGAGUAGCAGAAUCGAGGUGUGUGCGCUACCAUGCUCUGUAAUGAUACAGCCACGUUUCAGAGAUUGACCCACUCGGUGCCCAGGAUGAAAAGCGUUCAGUGAGUAUGGAGUGCUCGCUAUCUCUUUUUUGUUUAAUCAUAAUUCACGUCACGGCCCAGUAUGUUUAUUGCGUGCUAUCUAAGCAAUACUUAGUUUCUGGCUGGGUGUUUCUGUUAUUCUUAUCGCUAAUACCUGAAUUGCAUGUCUCUGGAACCCUUCUCAGGACUGAGUUAUGAGGUUAAGAGAAUAUUCUUUUUAUAUUAACAAAACACCUUUCUGAUUGAGGUGAUGCCAAAGGCAGAUCCUGUUAAAGAGUGGACUCUUCUGAUUAGAAGAUCAGGUUCCCAACUUGUGCUUGUUGCUCAGCACAUUUAUAUGGCAGGAUGUCGUGCAUUGAGUGUUAAGGUUACACAGAGAUGCAGUAAGGUUUACAUAAUGAUACUAGUUUUCUAGUUAUAACUCUGAAUAGCGUAAAAUCUGACAGAAACUUAACAGAGCAAAAUCUAAAAAAUAAUAAAAAAAUUUAUUAUAACCAAAUAAGCAAUUCUUCCAAAGACAGACAUUGCUAGCAGUUUUUCACCUUUCUACUUGCAGCCUCCUUGGCCCAACCAAAGAAAAUGGUGCUCGUAAAAGAUGUUUUGGAGAAAGCCUGCAGCAAAUGUUCUUUGGGUAUGCUCUUUUAUAAAUUAAACCAGCAAAUUUCCAUA